AUGCUAACGGACAAUUGAAUGGAAACUCUAAUAAUGGAACUGCCAAUGGUCAAUUCAUUGGAAAUGCCAACAAUGGAACUGCCAACGGACAAUUGAAUGGAAAUUCUAACAAUGGAACUGCCAAUGGUCAAUUAAUUGGAAAUUACAACAACGGAGAUGCUAACGGACAAUCCAAUGGAAAUAAAAACAAUGGUGACAGUAACGGUCAGGUGAUUGGAAAUUACAACAAUGGAACUGCUAACGGACAAUUCAAUGGAAAUUCCAAUAAUGGAACUGCCAACGGUCAAAUCAUUGGAAAUGCCAACAAUGGAACUGCCAACGGACAAUUAAAUGGAAAUUCUAAUAAUGGAGACGCAAAUGGUCAGCUCAAUGGAAAUACCAACAAUGGCAAUGCCAACGGUCAACUCAAUGGUAAUAAUAAUAACGGAACUGCUAAUGGUCAAGCGAACGGCAAUAAGAAUAAUGGAGACCAAAACGGUAGCGCGAAUGGAAACCUUAAUAAUGGAGACGCGAACGGUAGUUUCAAUGGUAACACCAAUAACGGAACUGCAAAUGGUCAAUUAAACGGAAAUCAAAAUAACGGUACUGCUAAUGGAAACCUCAAUGGCAAUGCAAAUAAUGGAACGGCCAAUGGACGUCUCAACGGUAAUAAUAACAAUGGCACAGCCAAUGGUAAUCUGAAUGGCAAUUCUAACGCCGGAGAUCUUAAUGGAGCCAAUAAUGGAAACAGUAAUAAUGGACAUAAGAAUGGCAACCUUAAUGGCAAUAAAAAUAAGGGUCAAGCCAACGGACAAACUAAUGGCAAUGCUAAUGUCGGAAGUAAAAAUGGAAACAAAAAUGGUAAUGUAAACACCGGUGAUGCAAACGGAUCAAAGAAUGGCAACCAAAAUAUCGGUAAGGCCAAUGGAAAUUCCAACGGUAAUAUGAAUUUGGGUUCAUUCAAUGGCAUCGUAAAUGGCAAUGCUAACAAUGGAACUCACAAUGGCAAUAAAGGUGGUAAUUUUAACUGGGGCGAUUUUAAUGGCGCUGGAAAUGGAAACAACAAUUAUUAA